AUGGCAUCUCUCAACCUCUCGUCCAAUGGCCCCUCGAUAUCAAAGAGUUACCAAACAGUGGUAAAUGCACCUCCUCCAUCGGCAAAUGGAGGUUCCCCAACUGCUGGUCAAUGGGCCGUCUUCUCAGUUUCUACCCCGCUUGUCAGCGCUUUCCAGCAGGAUGCAGGCAAGGAGAGUAUCCUCAAGGUCCAGACCUCUGGAGAGGGUGAAUUGGCCGAUCUCAUCGAGGAAUUCUCCGAAGGACGAGUGCAAUUCGCCUAUGUAAAGGUGACGGACCCCAACACCGGUCUCCCCAAGAACGUCCUCAUUGGAUGGUGUGGAGAAGGUGUGCCAGAACGAACAAAGGGUUAUUUCACCAGCCACCUGGCUACCGUCGCCAAGUUCCUCCAUGGAUAUCAUGUGCAAAUUACAGCCCGUGCAGACGGAGAUUUGACACCCGAGGGAAUUAUCAAGCGAGUGGCAGAUUCAUCCGGUUCUAAGUAUUCAGUAGGCGAGUCUUCUGCUCCGCCUCCUGCCCUUCGGCCUGCGGUGGCCAGCAAGCCUGCUUUCACACCCACUCGAUCUGGAGGGAUUGCACCCAACCCCGUUUCCCGCGUGCAGCCUACUUCAAGGGCCAAUGUGGACGAUGAUGGAUGGGGUGCUGAUGCUCCUCCAGUUACUCGCACCCAACUGGAGAAGGUCCAGCCAGCUUACCAGCCCACCAGAGUGAACUUGCAAGAACUGAAGUCAAACCCUACAGCUACUCGUCAGUCCGCUGCUGCCUCCUCGAAUGAUGCUGGAGAUGUGGUUCGGGGCGGAUAUCAGCCAGUGGGUAAAGUCGAUAUUGCCGCAAUUCGAAGGCAAGCGGCCGAAGCUGGUAACCUGAAGGACGAGCGUCCAGCCACCGUCAAGGGCUCCUAUGAACCGGUUGGAAAGGUUGAUAUUGGUGCUAUUCGUGCAAGGGCACAGAAGCCCGAGGGUGCCAGCGGCAACGUUGCACCAAGCCCUGCUGUCAACGAGCCUGCCACAACGUUACCCGAACGACCUGUGCCAUCUACUGCCUCGGGCCGCCUGACAGACCUGCCGAAACCCAAGAUUGCCAACAAGUUUGGUGGCGGUCCCUCCUUCCCCGGAACAAAGCCGCCUCUCCCCGCUGGUCUGGACUCGAAGCCGACCGCAAGUGCGCAGAUUGGUGCUGCUAGCCGAACUUUCGCCGACGAGGGUGGAAAGACUCCUGCUCAAAUCUGGGCUGAGCGCAAAGCCAAAGAGCGCGGAGCGGCUCCAAGCUCUGGAGGUGCUGAGUCUGUCCCCGCCCCGAUCCAAAACCAGCCUAGUGGAGGCGAAUGGAAGAGCGGGUAUGCUGGCAAGUCCUGGGCUACCGUUCAGACUGCCCGCGAAAAGUCGCAUUUGCCCGAACAGGAGGUGGAUGCCCGGGCUAAUGACCAGCCUGAGGAGCAACCACAACCUCAUGUGAGAGAAGUCCGUGAUCAAUUUGCCCAAGAAACCCCCGCGCCUCCAGCUCCUCCCAUCCCUCAGGCCAGUCGCCCUGUUCCUGUGCCGGGGCUGCCCUCUGUCACCGAGCCCGAGCGCCCUCAUGAUGCUCAGCAGGUGCUUCCAUCGCCUCCACCCCAGCCUCGCUCGCCAUCACCUCCCAGCUCACCUGAGCGUGACAACUCGCCCAUUCGAAUUGCUAUGCCGGUUGCCCAAAGUGCCCCCGAUGCCACUGAGGUUGCUGAUGCCCACGAGGAGCAGCACUCUCCGCCCCCUGCCAUGCCUAUCAGGAGUCUGCAGGAAAUUGUUCCGGAUGAGACACAAUUGGAGGAUGAUUCUCAUGACCUUGGCCGUGCUGCGGCUGAGGCUACCGUGCCUGAACCCGAGCAAACUCAGGGUGGACCACGGGCUCAGAUCCAGUACGACUACGAGAAGGCCGAGGACAAUGAGAUCGAACUCCGUGAGGGCGAGUUUGUGACCGAGAUCGAAAUGGUGGAUGAGGAUUGGUGGGUGGGUGUUAACUCUCAGGGCGAGCGUGGUCUCUUCCCAGCCAACUAUGUCGAAAUUGUGGAAGAUGAGGCUGCACACGCGCCAGCACCUGUUCAUCAGCCUGAGAACAUCCCUGCCCCCGCUCCUGCUGCUGUUCCUGCUGCUAUUCCUCCUCCCCCCACGCCCGCCGCGGCCCCGACAGCUGCUCCGUCCAAGGGUCCUUCUGCCACAGCUUUAUAUGAUUACGAGGCUGCUGAAGACAACGAGAUCAGCUUCCCUGAAAAUGCAAAGAUCUCCAACGUGGAAUUCCCCGAUGAUGAUUGGUGGCUUGGUGAAUACAAUGGCGCACGAGGACUCUUCCCUGCCAACUAUGUUCAACUGGAUGAGUGA